AUGAAGUCUCGCUUCACGACCUUAGAUGUAAGCGCUGCGGUGAACGAUCUGAAAAUACUAGAGGGCAUGCGAAUUGUAAAUGUUUACGAUAUCAAUCACAAAACCUACAUUAUGAAGUUAUCCAGGGCAACUGAAAAGGCCCUCGUGCUAUUUGAAUCGGGCAUUCGUAUCCAUCGCGGUUUCCAUGACUAUCAAAAAGCUGCAUUUCCAUCCAGUUUCAGUCAGAAACUGCGUAAACACUUGAAUAAUCACAGACUGAGCAAGGUUUCGCAGUUGGGAUUGGAUCGUAUCGUUGAUCUACAGAUCGAUGACGGUGACCGUGCUGUUCAUGUAAUUGUCGAAUUGUACGAUAGAGGUAAUAUUGUGCUCACUGAUGCCUCGUACGUUAUUCUGAACAUACUCCGUCCGCGAACUGACAAAGAUACCGACGUUCGACUUGUUGUUCGUGAAAAGUAUCCAGUGCCUAACUCCCGUUCGCUUCCUCACCUGCCUACUGUUGACGAAGUGGCAAAGAUUCUGAGAGAGUGUGAUCCAAAAACUACUCUCAAGCGUGCUGUCGCACAACCUGGAAUCUUCAGUGGUGCUCUAAUUGAACAUGCUUUGCUUGUGGAAGGCCUCAAUCCCGAUUUUCAAAUUUCUGAGCAAGGAGACAAUUGUGCCACCCAUGUUGUUAGUGCAUUGAGGAUUGCAACGGAGAUUACAAAGGAGAUUUUGAGGAGCCAGUGUCAUGGGUAUAUCCCUUACUCACGCGAUAAGCGUAGCGAUGGGACUGAAGUGGUAAUAUUCCAGGAGUAUCAUCCCUACCUUUUUGCGCAACACGAGCCUGGUCACUACGUUAUGCAUGGAUCAUUCUCUGAAGCCGUAGAUGCUUUUUAUGCUGCUCAAGAUGCGCAGAAGCAGCAACAUAAUGCUCUGAAAAUGGAAAGAGAAGCUAUGAAGAAAUUGGAAAAUGUGAGAAAUGAUCAGUAUCGUCGAAUCACAGAACUUGAGAAGAGUCGUGAGGAGAAGAUGAUCAUGGCUGACUUGGUCAUAUUUAACCAGAGUCUUGUGGAUUCCGCAAUUAGUAUUAUCUGUAAUGCUCUUGCUCAAAAAGCCACAUGGGACGAAAUAGCACGAAUGCAUAGUCAGGCGAUAAAUAGCGGUGAUCCGGUUGCACGGUAA